AUUGGCUAUUGAGUGCAAUCUUUGUUGCGGUUUAGGUUUUAUUUCCGGUCAGGAAGCAUGUUAGCUAACCUAGCAGUUUAAAGAUUCAGAAAUAUAAAAUGUGUCUAAUGAGCUUUAGUUGUGUUUGUUAGAGACAAAAGUUAGCGUACACUGAAAUGACCUAGCCAAGGAAGCGGUGGCACUGAUUUUGGCGUAUUGGUGAAACAACUUUGACGUGUAAGUGAAUCGGGAGAAGAUGAUAGAACCAGAGCUACUGACCGAGGUCCCUGCAGCACUUAAGCGGCUAGCCAAGCAGGUCGUAAGGGGUUUCUAUGGAGUUGAGCAUGCCUUGGCCUUGGAUGUGCUCAUUCGUAACCCAUGCGUAGGGGAGGAGGACAUGCUGGAGCUGCUCAAGUUUGAUCGUAAACAGCUGCGCUCAGUACUUAACACCCUGAAGGCAGACAAGUUUGUCAAGUGUCGCAUGAGAGUGGAAACGGCCCCUGAUGGAAAGACAACACGGCACAACUACUACUUCAUCAACUACAGGGUACUGGUCAACGUGGUCAAGUAUAAAUUGGAUCACAUGCGACGGCGCAUCGAGACGGAUGAACGAGACUCCACCAACCGUGCCUCCUUCCGUUGCCCCUGCUGCUUCUCCACCUUCACUGACCUAGAGGCCAACCAGCUGUUUGACCCCAUGACAGGUACAUUUCACUGCACCUUCUGCCAGACGGAGGUAGAAGAGGACGCAUCUGUGUGUCCUGACGGCAGGACACUAGUGGCACGCUUCAAUGAGCAGAUCGAACCCAUCUAUGCGCUGCUACGUGAGACCGAAGAUGUUAACUUGUCCCAGGACCUGCUGGAGCCUGAGCCUUCUGAGAUUCCUGCUCUCAAACAGAGCCGAGACCGGGCUGCUGCUACAGCAGCAGGCGCAAACUCAGGCCCACACCGUGAAGCCUGGUCGAACAAGGGCGCAACGUACGCUGACAUGUACACCCAGAAUGUGGUUAUCAGCAUGGAGGAACAGGAAGACCAGCAGAAACAGGCCAACGAAGGCAAGGCACCUAAGGAGAGGCCUGUCUGGUUGACCCAGAGCACCGUGCAGGGUGCUUACAGCGAGCCUGACAUCCUCAAGAACCGUGGAGAUGUUGUACCCGGAGCCCAGGAUGUAGCGGCUGGUCAUGGAAUUGGUCAGGUAGAUGAAAAUGAGGAAGUGAUGCGCGCCCUGCUCAUCCAUGAGAAGAGGGGUGCAACAGGUGGAGGCGGAGCAAGCACUGCUACCAAGGGGCUUGUCUCCGCCACAACUAACGCCAGCGACUCCGAGAGCGACACCAGCGAGUCAGGCGACGACUCUCCCUUGGGUCCUCCCCCUGCCACAGCUACUCAGCAUCGGGCCGCCGAGGAGGAGGAAGAGGACGAUGAUGAGUUUGAGGAGGUGGGGGAUGAGCCGAUGGUAAUGGUGGGAGGCCGGCAGUUCUCAUACCGAGAGGUCAGCCAGAGGCCAGAGCUAGUGGAGCAGAUGUCUGCACAGGAGAAGGAGGCCUACAUUGAAAUGGGACGAAACCUCUUCCAUGACAUGUACUUCUGAACACACACGUCGAUAUAUGCAUACAUUAACACACACAUUGGAUUGGCUAUGAGUUUACCGAAAGUAUACUUCUGCUGUCUCCUCUCUGUCGGUGGUCACAUCUGAGGAAAUGUUUGUGGACACAACUUCUCAUGAAGAAAUCAAGAUGCUGCUCAUGAAGUAUUUACAGUCAGCUUGUUGCUCUUGCAUUAUUAGAACCAGAGACAUGCUCUGACAGUGUUGCCUAAGUCAUCACAUCUUUAGUAUUCUGUCCUAAGUAUUUUUAUUCAGUCACCAGACCAGAGUGGCAAUUGUUUUUUACGCAAUUUGUUAGUCUGUAUUUUUUUUUUUUUUACCAGGCCGUCUACACCAGUCAUGUUUUAGCCUUGUUUUCAGUCAUGCAUGUGUGUCUCUCAUGCAUCUGAUGGGCCAUAUACGCUUGACAUUUGGUCAAUACAUCUCUCUACACACAAGUGUAUGUUUUAUAGUGUAUUUCAUUUCUUCAGACUUGUGUGUAUAACUACAUUGAUUGUGAUUUUGUCUGUGAGCACUCCCAAAAGACAUCUGCACUGAAAGACCGAAGCUGCUCAUAUUGUUGUGCGGCUUUCACUACACUGCCUAUGUAGUGUAGAGAAGGUGUUGGGUAUUUUCAGUUUUUCAAACUAUAUCAGACUAAAUUUAAAAGCUAAUCUCAGGCACAUGUUGAAUACAAUUGGCUAUGGGUGAACUGCUGUGGUUUACAGUUAAACAUUUAUUUCUAACAAUCUGUAAUAAAACGAUACUGCA